AGUCCUCUUCUCGCGGUUCUUUAGUCUGCUCUCGCGUUAUUUCAGUAGUGAAAGUCUGACGUCUUAAAAUUUUCACGUGAGGCAGGGCACAAUUUUGCUGGGAAGAAAUGUAAUUUUGUGAAUUGUAUUCAUAUUCAGUGAUUUCUGUGAAAUUCUGUGCGGAUAAAAGAUGGCGCCUUUGUUUACUGUAUUCAUUCUGUUCUGCAUUUCGGUGAAUGGACAGCUGAAUGGUCAACUGCAAUACGCUGUGAAAUCCGGUUCCUGUCCUACAAAUAUCUGUGUGUCUGUAUUCGACAAUGGCUGCCAGAGUGAUAUGAACUGUCCUGGAGAAAUGAAAUGUUGCGCCAACAAAUGCGGUAAAUCUAUGUGUAUGCCACCGAGAAGUUCCGAACAAUUUCAUAGAAAUUCCGAACAAUUAAGUCAUCCCCAUGAACAGCUGCACGUGUCGUUUGUGCAGGAUACUGCAGUGGAAUAUCCUGACCACUGUUACUACAACAGUCAGUGGUACUAUCCAGGACAGAAUCUGAUCAGCAGGGAGGGUAAUGUUUGUACCUGUAUGAACCGUGACAAGAUCGUCUGUUCACAAGGAAACAACAAUAACAACAAUCAUGUCAACAACAACAACAACAACCAGGUCAAUAACAACAAUCAUGUCAACAACAACAACCAGGUCAAAAACGUUGCCCAGGAAAUGUCCAAUCCGAUCCAGUCAAAUUUUCGUAUGGGGCCAGACACAUGGCAAUCACCGCAAUCAUGGACAACAUCAGCACCGCAGUGGGAGACCCCGGUACCUCAUUGGGAAACUCCGGUACCUCAAUGGGAAACUCCAGAACCUCAGUGGAACAAUAUCCUCCCUCAAAUGGAGGCUACACCCCAACAGGCACAAAUCUACAUUCAAGAUGUUAACAAUAAGCAGAUUAUUAGCGGAUCACAGCAAAGUUCCAGGAAUACAUACCAGAAUGUGGAGGAGAUACUUGGUACUCAGAGCCCAGCCUUCUUUCAAGCGAGUCCAGUAAAAGAGGCUCAAGCUAAUAGCGUUAUAAACGGUCAAUCAUAUUUUCAGAAUCCUUAUGGAUCAGCCAGUUUGCAGCAAUCUCUGUAUGAAAAGGGUUUCCCCAGGUCGGACAAAUCUGGUUCUGUGCAACCCAAUGAGCACAAAUCGGAUGUGAACGGAGAAUCGUGGAUGUAUCAACCUAUGAACGGAAAUAUAAAAUUUGGGUUACCCAGUGAGAAUGGAGGAAAUGUAUUCCAGGGUCCGCUCACCACCGAUAUUACUGUGAUCUCAGGCGGCGGGGACCUGCAAUCGAGUGGAGUCGGCGUGAGUAAGGACUACCAAACCUGGGAAAGAACCACCACUCCCUUACCGUGGUACCUCAACACAGGAGUUAGUAAAAAUAUUGUGGAGCAUAUAGACAUUGGUUUACUAGAAGGUCAAAAUCAAGAUAAUCACAUACAACAUAAUCAUAAUUCAGGAUUUCCCGAGGAGCAAAUUCAGAGACUUCAGGAACCAGGACAAUCCGAAGCUUAUUCCGGUUUUGGAUUUGAAGUCAAUCAACAACAAAGUAUACACGAGACAGGAUCCAAUCAGGGUCACUUAGAAACCAGGCAGGCUGGGUCUAACAAUGCUUUUUCUAACAUUCAGCAGCAACAAGAUAAGGUGAAUAGUCUAACUCAUGCUAAAUCACCAAACCAACAGAAUCGUCAAGAGGUCCAACAAGAAAUAAUGCCUUUAAAAACGUUGGUGCAAGACCAAUCUUUCAACCAAGACCAAUCUUUCAACCAAGACCAAUCUUUCAACCAAGGUCAGACUUUCAACCAAGGUCAGGCUUUCAACCACAACAAUGUUCGUAAAGAAGGCCAGCCUCCCAGACGCGGGCAGGAUCUCAAUCAAGGCCAACCAAUAAGUGGGAGGGAAUCAAAUAACUUUCAGUUCCAGAAUUAUUCACCAGGGGGAAACGCUGGACUUGGUCAAAACGCACAGACAAACUUCAAUUCAAUGCAGCAGGAUUCCAGAGCUGCAUUCGGUGAUUUUGGAACAAACACAGAAGGACAAAUGCAAUCGAGACCUCGAAAUACUCAGCAGUUAUCCCUUACUCCCGGACACAAUCAAGCUGUCCAAGUAAGGGACAACAUUCCUAAUAACAAUAAACCAUAUACAAGCAAUGCCGAAAGUCAGAUCAGAGGUGAAAACGACCGUCUGCAACAAAAGCAAAAUUUUCAACAUAAUUUGAAUGCAAAUGUAAAGUUUACGAGUAAACCCUUUUAUCCACAGAUGUCACAGAGUCAGCCAGUUCAAAAACAACAGAGUUUGGAGUCCAAAUAUGAUCGAUAUAGGGAGACCAACCCUGCAAAUGAUAAUGCAAAACAUUUUAGUCAAAUGAGAAGGGUUGCAAAUCCCCAGACUGGAAACCCGUGGCAGAAUUCAGACAAGGUGAACCAAGUGAUUGAAAAAUCUGAGAAAGGGAUAUUUUCACGUAAUUCCAAAAUCAGUGCACAUAAAAUGUUAAACGACAACAGCAGGAAAACAUUCACUUUUAACAAUGGACGACCGCAAACCAAUAUCAACAAAGCGAUUAGUUUUGAAGCUAUGCGCAAUGAGAAUGACUUAAGAAUAUUUAAUCGUCAACAAUCGAGGGCUACCCCAUUUUCUUUAAAAACCUUUGAGUCUAGUAAUCCGGCUCGAAUGGAUCAUACGGUUUCCGUUCCUCAAAAAGACCCCUCUCAGUUAGAUUUCUCCGUGAAACACUCUAGUAAGAAUGAGUACACGAAGACAAAACCAGGUGUUCAGGGGAAACAGUUGAUGAAAGAAAUCAUCAUAGAAACUACAGUCCCCCCAGCAACUACAACGAAAAGUUUCAUACAGUUUUUGAAAGAAGUUUUGGAGCAGAGGGAGUUAGUCAAGAGUAAAAUGGAAGUAUCUCCGAUAGAGGACCAUACCGAAAUGGGAAAAAGUAAAGCAACAACACUCUCAACGUCGCCAAGCACAGAAUCACCAACAACGCACAAGAAACCAACAAAAGCCCCAUCAACGACUACCUCCACGUCAGCAAUACCACUGACAGUGACAUCAGCAAUACCAUCUACCACAUCUUCUGCUACUACUUCAUUUUCUACAGCUAUUUACACAACAACAAUAACCGAUUCCAUUGCAACAACAAAACGCAGAGAUACAAACAAAUCGACCAUAAAGCUGGAUUUAGAUCAAACUCCUCGCACACUUCGAUCUCUUUUAGCCGGAAUAGAGAAACAUACCACAGUUAAGAUAAAAAUCCUGCCUUCCCCUGAUGGAUCCCAACGGGGUGAGACAACAAUUAUAUAUGCUACUCCUAAAUCCAAGAUCAAUCCAACUACCUCGCCAGCAACUACGACAUUUAAGUACGUUGACUCUCAGAGUGGGUCCACAACUGACCUGGUGGAAAAUCCUCCGCCUUCAACAGAAACAAAACCACCGCGCAUAAAAAUCAUGACCGAGGGUACGACACCUCCGAUCUUUACCACUACCAUGGUUAACACGACCGUCAGUUCUGCCUCGAUAACACCGAACUUUGAACAUGCGGGUGAGAGAAGUAGAGGGACGACUAAUUCCCACUUCUCUCACUUCCAGUUCACGGACAGCGCCACCCAACGAAUGGAUGUGGUGGACCAAACAAAGGAUAUACUCCUGGAUAGUGGUCCUACCACAGCAAGGGCUGUACCAGCGAGUACUGAACAAUGGUAUCAAGAAACACCAGUUGUAUACUCCAGAACAUCCCAUGUUGAUGGUAAAGCUACUGACCCGAAUCAGGUGCAAAUUCCUAGACAACGUCCUACAAAUCUUAGCAAUCAAGACACUCUACCCGCCAAUGCAACCUUCUUCGAAAGGAUUAUAUAUCUGAAACGUCAGAUGGAAGUGAGACAGAAUCCGCUAGCUGCUCUGCAGAAAUAUGGAAAUCCUUCUUCUAACAUGCUUCAUCUGAUAAAAUUACUUCCAAAGAACAACCAAAACCCCAUGGCCGCAAAAAAUGUUGCGCAGUUAUACACUGUGAAAGAUCGACCUGUGCCCAAAACAACUACCUUAUCUCCACCGUCUACCACCACCACUACAACCACCACCACCUCGACAACUGAACAGCCCACACUGCCAACAGGAGCCACUGAGUUUUCCUUUUUUGAACAUCCUGCUGCAAACAUCAAAGAGUCAUCAAAACCCAACAUAAAGAAACAAACAUCUGCCGCAAAACAAGCCGCUGAUGUACAGAAAAAGCCUGCUGCGAAAAACACAGGACGGGCACCAAAAAAGGGAAGAAAACCUCCGUCAAGAUCGCAGAGAAAAAAGAAAAAUAAACAGUGUGUUUAUUUCGGGAAGGUUUAUAAAGUUGGGAAAAGAUUUAGGAACAACAAAGGACAGCGAUGUAGAUGCCAGAGAAACGGGAGGGUUAAAUGUAGGCGAUAGACCAAGACUGUUUGUAGAUUUCAUUGUCUGUCUCUGUUAAAUGUCGGCGAUAGACCAAGACUGUUUGUAGGUUUUAUUGUCUGUCUCUGUUAAAUGUCGGCGAUAGACCAAGACUGUUUGUAGGUUUUAUUGUCUGUCUCUGUUAAAUGUCGGCGAUAAACCAAGAUUGUAAAUUUCAUUGUCUCUUUCUGUUUGUAAAUGUCGGCGAUAGACCAAGACUGUUUGUAGAUUGCAUUGUCUGUCUCUGGUCUCAAAGAGCUUAUUUCCUUGAUGCAGUGAUGAAAUGAUACACCACACGACUAACUGUGUUUCCUUUCAUGUAUAAUUCAUAAUAUUACACGCCUUCAAUUUCUACUUCUACUGUUUCCCCAAACAGGGAGUGAGUUUUUUUUUCGCUAUAGAUAUUUCUUCUUUUAUCACCAACAGUGAGUUAACAGUGUUGUAUUAUCAACUAUUAUGUAACAGUGUUUACCUUAUCAAUUGAAGUCUCUUGUUGAAUUCAACGAAGCACAGAACACAAGGAUAUUGUUUGAUGUGAAAUUCUGCUGCAUAUUCAUGAUGAUGGAAGACGCAUGCACUUUAUCCAGUUAGAUUAUGAAAUAGAGGAAUAUGAUACAAACGUC